AUGACCUGCCCUUCUGCCAAGCUGUCUUCCAUCUCUAAGAUUCCUUUCAAGAUUGGGCAACCCAAGAAACAGAUUGUCCCCAAAACAGUGGAGAGAGACUUUGAGAGGGAGUAUGGAAAACUGCAGCAGCUGGAAGAGCAGACCAGGAAGCUGCAAAAGGACUUGAAGAAGAGCACCGAUGCUGACCUGGCCAUGUCCAAAUCUGCUGUGAAGAUAUCCUUGGACUUGCUCUCUAAUCCCCUCUGCGAACAAGACCAGGACUUUCUGAACAUGGUGACAGCCCUGGACACGGCCAUGAAACGGAUGGACGCCUUCAACCAGGAAAAGGUGAACCAGAUUCAAAAGACCGUGGUUGAGCCCUUGAAAAAGUUCGGCAGUGUCUUCCCGAGCCUCAACAUGGCGGUGAAACGGUGGGAGCAGGCCCUGCAGGACUACAGGAGGCUGCAGGCCAAGGUGGAGAAGUACGAGGAAAAGGAGAAGACAGGGCCAGUGUUGGCCAAACUCCACCAGGCCCGAGAAGAGCUCCGGCCUGUUCGGGACGACUUUGAGGCCAAGAACAAGCAGCUCCUGGAUGAGAUGCCGCGGUUCUACAACAGCCGACUUGACUACUUCCAGCCCAGCUUUGAGUCCCUGAUCCGAGCGCAGGUUGUCUACUACUCUGAAAUGCGUAAGAUCUUCGGAGACCUGACCCAACAGCUUGACCAGCCUGGCCACCCUGAUGAGCAGCGGGAGCGGGAGAAUGAAGCUAAACUGAGCGAGCUCAGAGCCCUCUCUAUUGUGGCUGAUGACUGAGCCCCGCCCCUCGGGACACCCCUGGAACACAAGUCAGCUUCUCUAGUCUCUGCCCUUUCCAAACUUAGGCUCAGGCAUCAGCCAGCGAAAGGCCAUCCCUGGGAGAAGGCCCCUAACCUCCCUCACCAGCCCUUUGGAAUGAGCCUGGCACCUGGAGCCCCAAGCAGGCUGCUGUCUCCCCGCCCAUAGCAGGAGCCUGCAGACAGGUAAGCAGCCUAUAAAACCUGAGAGGCUUUCUUAUUUCCAGAAGAACCGUCCAAAGUGCCUCCUGGUCCAGGGCCUGCUGCAGGCUGCCCGCAUGCAGGGGACAUGGACUCCGUCAGCUCACCUGCGGGCUCCGCCUUGUGUGCAUGGCUGGGAUCACAUCUACCUCCAAAGACCGUCCUGGGCACCACCCACCCUGCUGCCCUCCUACUUCUCUCCUUUCCUGGGAGAAGCCCACAACACUGUCCUGAAAAUGAGUGCUGUGGUCCCCCAGCCUCGACAGGGCCCUCACUCUAGGCUCCCAGCACGACAAAGGCUGGCUUUUGUCCUUUUGGUCGAGUGCAGGGAAGAUCCCGUCUUGUAGGUUCUCUAGGAAAUGGAUUCAACUCCUGUAAAUGUCCAAUCCACAGGCCUCAAAGCAACAACAGUGGGUUUGUGUCUCACCUGAAUAUUUGGAAUUUUUUUUUCCAGUAAAGUUUUCAAUAAAAUGUUCUUGUAUUGUGCUGUAACUAAGGAAA